AUUAUGAUUAAAACUAUUUAUUUAAAUGCAGAGAAAUUAAAUUCAUCAACUAAGCGAUGGCCCGGGAUCAAUUGCAAGUGCUCAACGCACUUGAUGUCGCUAAAACCCAAGCCUACCAUUUUACCACUAUUGUCAUCGCCGGGAUGGGCUUCUUCACCGCCGCAUACGAUUUGUUUAGCAUCUCAUUGGUUGCUAAGCUAUUGGGCCGCCUUUACUACACCAAGCCCGGCUCACCGAAGCCCGGUGUUCUUCCCCCGAGCGUUUCCUCCUCAGUCACCGGUGCUGCACUCGUCGGUACCCUCAUCGGACAGCUCUUCUUUGGGUGGCUCGGCGACAAAAUGGGUCGCAAAAAGGUGUACGGGAUAACACUCAUUAUUAUGAUUAUAUGCGCACUUGCCUCAGGUUUACCCUUCCGCAAAACUCCAAAAGGUGUAAUGGCGAGUCUUUGCUUCUUUCGAUUCUGGCUGGGUUUCGGCAUUGGCGGUAGCUACCCUCUUUCCGCCACCAUCAUGGCCGAAUACGCCAACAAGAAGACUCGUGGUGCGUUUAUUGCGGCGGUUUUCGCCAUGCAAGGUAUGGGGAUCUUGUUCAGUGGCAUUAUUUCUCUUAUCGUAUCGACGGCGUUUGACCGUAAGUUCCCUACCCCGACGUACGAGGAGAAUCCGGCCCUCUCCACACCACCCGAAGCCCACUAUGUGUGGCGCAUUGUCUUGAUGUUUGGCGCUUUACCCGCCGCCUUGACUUUCUACUGGAACAUGAAGAUGCCGGAAACCGCCCGUUACACCGCCCUCAUCGCGAAGAACGCUAAACAGGCAGCCGCAGACGUGGGCAAAGUUCUCAAUGUGGAAAUGGAAGUUGAAGAAGAGGAGGUGGAGAAGAUAUCACGCAACAAAAGUAGCAACUUCGGCCUAUUCUCACGGGAAUUUGUUCGCCGCCACGGCCUUCAUUUAUUCGGAACCACCUCUACAUGGUUUCUUUUGGAUAUCGCCCUUUACAGCCAAAAUCUAUUCCAGAAAGACGUCUUAUCCGCCAUCGGAUGGAUCCCUCGGGCUAAAACCAUGAACGCCAUCAACGAGGUGUUCAGAAUCUCAAAGGCCCAAACACUGAUCGCACUUUGCAGCACGGUGCCGGGAUAUUGGUUCACAGUGGCAUUCAUCGAUAUCAUGGGGAGAUUCGCGAUCCAACUAAUGGGAUUUUUCUUCAUGACGGUGUUCAUGUUCGCCAUUGCCAUUCCUUACGACCACUGGAAGACAAAUCACCUUGGCUUCGUGAUUAUGUACGCCCUCACAUUCUUCUUCGCCAAUUUUGGUCCCAACGCCACCACAUUCGUCGUGCCGGCUGAAAUAUUCCCAGCCCGAUUAAGGUCCACGUGCCACGGAAUAUCAGCUGCAGCAGGAAAAGCGGGCGCCAUUAUUGGUGCUUACGGGUUUCUUUACGCCGCACAAAACCAAGACAAAGCAAAGACUGAUGCUGGUUAUCCACCUGGUAUUGGUAUUAAGAAUGCUCUGAUUAUUCUUGGAUGCAUCAAUGCACUUGGAAUGAUUUGCACUUUUGUUGUUCCUGAGCCCAAUGGGAAAUCACUCGAAGAGGCAUCCCAAGAAACGUUUGGUGACGAUGACGAUAGAAGUUCAAGGAGCUUUAUUCAGGAUUUUUACUCUUCUAUUUGA